AUGGACGUUCAAGCUCCCAGCAAGUAUGUCACGCUCAUCUCGAGCGAUGGAUUCGAGUUCGUUGUUCUUCGGGAAGCUGCUAUGGUCAGCCCUAUAGUCAAGGGCAUGCUGGACCCGAAGAGCCAAUUUGCUGAGGCCAAACACGCGCGAUGUGUCUUCCAGGAGAUAAGUUCUAUUGUGCUUGACAAAAUUGUUGAGUACUUCCAUUACUGGUAUCGUUACCGAAACAGCGAGGAUGUGCCCGAUAUGGAUAUCCCUGUGGAAAUCUGUCUGGAACUCCUCGCCGCUGCCGACUAUCUUGGCCUGGACCAGUAA